GGUACGCAGUGCAAAAGCAGGUCUAAUUCGCAGCCUCCUUUGUUUUCAGGAAGAGAUGUCAGGAGAAAGCGUGGUGAGCUCAGCAGUGCCGGCAGCUGCAACUCGCACCACCUCCUUCAAAGGGACCAGCCCGAGCUCCAAGUAUGUCAAACUGAAUGUUGGUGGAGCCCUCUACUACACCACAAUGCAGACCCUGACCAAGCAAGACACCAUGCUUAAGGCCAUGUUCAGCGGCCGCAUGGAGGUUCUCACCGACAGUGAAGGCUGGAUUCUGAUCGACCGCUGUGGCAAACACUUCGGGACAAUAUUAAAUUACCUGCGUGACGGGGCCGUGCCUCUUCCCGAGAGCCGGAGAGAGAUUGAAGAGCUGCUGGCUGAGGCCAAGUAUUACCUGGUUCAGGGUCUGGUGGAUGAGUGCCAGGCAGCUCUACAGCAGAACAAAGAUGCAUACGAGCCAUUCUGCAAAGUGCCAGUCAUCACUUCUUCUAAGGAAGAGCAAAAACUUAUAGCAACAUCCAAUAAGCCAGCCGUAAAGUUGCUGUAUAACAGAAGUAAUAACAAGUAUUCCUACACCAGUAAUUCUGAUGACAACAUGCUGAAGAACAUCGAGCUGUUUGAUAAGCUGUCACUGCGGUUUAAUGGGAGAGUCCUCUUUAUUAAGGAUGUGAUAGGAGAUGAGAUUUGCUGCUGGUCUUUCUAUGGACAGGGGCGUAAGAUUGCUGAGGUCUGCUGCACCUCCAUUGUCUAUGCUACUGAGAAGAAACAGACAAAGGUGGAGUUCCCAGAAGCCCGAAUUUAUGAAGAGACACUGAACAUUUUGCUUUACGAGGCUCAGGAUGGACGAGGACCUGACAACGCGCUUCUGGAGGCUACAGGAGGGGCAGCGGGCCGCUCUCAUCACCUGGAUGAGGAUGAGGAGCGGGAGCGCAUUGAACGUGUGCGAAGGAUUCAUAUUAAGCGUCCAGAUGACAGGGCACAUCUUCAUCAGUGAGGAGUGACAGCUGCAGACUGCACAGCCCUCUUGGGAAAGCUGUGGCCUGGCCUGCUCCAUUAUUUACAGUUGAUGAGCAGUCAACUUAUUUAUGUUCAGUGAAGUCUAUAAAAUUACAUUUUAUACCAGACUAGAUUUGGGAUAUUUAACGUGAAGUAGAGCUACUGGAGGAAUAAAGAAGGUAUCAAGGGUCAGAUCAAUGCAUUUGGUGUAAUGUCUCUGAAUUUUCAGCACUCCUUUUGCUGCUGUUUUGUGGUUAGAGAGGAGGAGUGUUCUCUUCCUUCUGCCUCUUAGUAUUUAUUCUGCACUUUCUCUAGGAUUUUCAAAGAGCUGUCCACCUUUCCUACAGACCCAUGUUUAGUCCAUCCCAUCUGAACCUCCUGUACAUGAGAAAUGCUAUUCUGUGCCACAGCGACGCUACAGAAACUAACCCCAUCUGCUUCAGCACUUUCUCCACUCUCCUCCCCACUGGACAUUUAAGGGGGAAGGCACCUUAGAUAGAAGUGCUUCAGCCUUGCUUUCAGAAGAUAAGGUUCUAUGGACGCUGGCUUCCCUCCAGAAUAGAGUUGCUUUGUUUGGUUUGAAAUAGCAGUGAUACUGUUUCAGAACCAGACCUGCUCUGGGGCUAGGUCUUGCUGGUUGGCAGAGACUGUUUUUUGUUGAGUCUGAGUAGCUGCCAGCACUAAAGUUCAAAAUUCAGGCAGUAUGUUAAAGUGAGCUGGUUGUGGCAUCCCCUGCUUGAGCUUUGUGGUAAUGGUUCAGUGAAAGUGGUAUGCUAAGGCCUAGUGGAGAGCCCUCAGCCUUUUUAUGCUGGAGUUCAAGGAUGGGAGAUAUUUAUGCUUUAUGUAAAUGGCAGGCUAGGAAUCAGACUUGCAUAACACUUUACCUAAGGUAUCCAGGAUUUCUACUGUAAUCAGUCACCAUUUAACAUUUACUCUUAAACGCAAAAUGUAAUUUGAAGGUCAUGCUAGAUGACUUUUUCCACUUUCGCCUGAAUCAAUAGGGAUGUUUUUCUUUACAGCUGCCCUAGAUAACUCCCUCAUGGGCUACUACUAACAUCGUGUAAUCCUAGUCUAAAUAUGGAGCUAAUUACACAUUUGCUCAUAGUUGGAGUUCUAUAAGGGAUACCAGGAGCUUUACCUCUAGUGCUGUUAUACUGGUGCCUACUGGGGAGAAAUGGGUGGCCAUCCCUUUAAGUGUUAAUAUCUCCAGCUAUUCUUCACUGUCUCUAUCACAGCAUAUUCUAGGCCAUCUGGAAGAAAAUGGCUACAAUAAUCUCUAGAAUACUAUAUAGACCUUUACAUUUUCUAAGAUUGCUCUUCUGUUGCAAAUAAUGUGUUUUAUCUACCUCCUAGUCUCUUGUUGCAUAGUAGAGUGUCAAGUAAAAGUGAUGGUGGAAGUUCAUAUAUUAUUCAGAGGCAGUGGGUGUUGUUCAAAAUAGCAGCCAGAGUUAGUUGGUUCUAAGUUUUGGAAGGAAUAUAAAGCCUCAUGCUUCAGGGAUUUUGAAUGAGACCUUCACACAGGGCAGAUUGUUUCUUGGAGCUUCUGCUGAUGCAGAAUGGUAUUGGCCUCUCUUGGAACUUGGAUGAUGGACUAGCUGGACCACCUGUCUUGUGAUUCCUGUUUUCCAGUAAUGUGGCUAGCGGGAAGUCUGACAAAAGUAAUGGUUAUGCUGUAAAAUUAGCAUAGACCUGAUAUCACUUAGCAUGUGUCAGAGGAAUAUUAGUUUUAAAGGCAUUACUAUCUUGGUUAGCGUCACUCGCUGUUGCUCUCUAAAGUAAUGGUUGGUAGGAAUGGUAUAAAGCCAUACAUACACCUGCUUGUAGGGAUUACUGGACAAUCAAUAUUUUGACUUGUUUAUUCACGCCUAGGAAAGUGAGUGUGGAGACUGCUUUUCAGAGGCAACUGUCUAUCAGCCAAAGAUGAUUUUCAUGGUACAGUUCUGUUUCUAGUGCCUGUCUUCUAGCCCCUCAAACAUUAACUUUCUAGUAGUAAAGUUAUGUAAAGAGGUCACUGUGGUAAAGCUAGUUUCAAACCAAACAGUCAGUGUAGCAUCUUGAACUGUGUGUAACUGACAGAUGUGGGCUCAAAGUGCAAUCAUAGCAGUGUUUUGUAUGUAGAUACUGUAAUACCCACCCCCACGUGUCUAAGAUUAGAGAAGCCCUGCUAGGGUCCAGUGUUUAAACUAGGCUAUUCAUUUUAAUCUCAAGUCUGUACUGACAAAGGAAAUGGUUUGUCUGCCACAGCUACAUGUGUUAUUUGAUUUCUAAAACUCUUGUCACACUGAAGGAAGUUGUUUUGUCCCUCCCCUCCCCUGUCAUUGUUCAGUUGGGGGGAUUGUUAUCUACAAGCAGAGCUGGGGGCAGUGGUGAAGGAAAAAGCCUCCGCUCUAGUGAACUGCACACUUCUGUAUUUCCAAUACUCUGUACUUUGAGAUUUUACAUGUUUAAGAAUUUAGCUCUUGUUUACUAAAGCACAACCCACCACUGUUACAGGGCUGACUGGUCAGUUGUGUAGAGAAGUGAGUGACAUGAAAUCUGCAUUUUCUGUCAAGAGGUCCAAUCUCUCCUGCUGUCUUUGCUAGUGCUGUUGUACCAAGCCGGCUGUGUUUGCAGUGUCCAGAUAGCACUAUACAUUCCUGAAUGAGAAGGAAGCAACAGCAUUUCUAUUUCUACUGUGAUAAGCCCCGAGAAGAAGGAAAAUAUACAAGACUGCCUGUUACAUUUUGAGCUUAGUAUAAAUACAGGGGCUUAGAUUUCUACCCCUGGGUGGUACAAUUUAACAAACAAAGGUUUCUAAAAACACCACCUUUCCCCAGCCCUUUUUAAUCAGACUAAAAAGUGGCAUUUUCCCCUCCUAAAUAGCUUUAAGUUACAUUAAUACAACUCAAGCAAAGGAGAAGGGUUUUUUAAAAGCCAUGUUAGUCAGAAGGAAGGAUUGAGUUACUGUGACAGCAGUUCAGUACAUUCUUGGUUUAGCUCACUAAUUGCCUUAGUUAUGCAAUACAAGUGUACCAUUGUCUUGUCUGUUAGAAAAUAAUGUGCAGUAUGUGAUCUGAUCUGACUGUAGUUAUGGAUGGGACCAUAACCCUCUGAGACUCUGACCUCAGAGGACCUCCCUCAUGCCGCAGCACGGAACAAAACAUCCUCUAUAGCACAAAGCUUAUUAAAUAGGGUAGAAGUUUCAACAAAGCCUUAAUUAUGCUGCAGAAUAUUAAAACCACCAGCCAGGGCCUGAAGACCAGCAGAAAGGUGGCCUUUAGAUUGUAUUGGAAGCCUUGAAUACAACCCCUUAGCUGUUAGGACAUAGCUUUCAUCU